CUUCUACAUCCAUCCUCUUCUCACUACUUCUUCUCAAAUCCCACAAAAGGAAAAAGACCCAAACCUUCCAAUACCUACAUUAUGAAGCUCCUCUCAAUCUUUUCUACAGCCCUUUUCGUUGCUGCUGUGGCAGCCGCGCCUUUGGCUGAGGAUGGCAGUGCCCCAAGCAUUUCUGAAAACGCGAAACGCGACGACUUGUGUCCCAGUAACGCUUGCUAUACGAAGUGCAUCAACGAUUAUAUCAGUUACUUGGGGGUUGGCCCGGCUUUUGGCUUGCAAAAAGUCGAUUGUAUGAAACAAUGCGGCUGUUUAUAAAGAGAGUACUUCAAUUAGAGAGGUAUCUGCAAUGAGCCAGGGCCGGCACAACAUACCGUGUUUCACGGAUGGACCUGUCGCUUCAUUUUAUUCUACCUUCCAAGAAAACUUUUGUUGUGAUGUUCGGGGAAUGGACAGAACAGAUGAUGUUGUCAACUAUACUUUGUGUCUCGCUAGACAUUUCAAACAGUUGGCUCAUUACAGAGAGAACUAAUCUUACAUCCUUGAGCUUUGUUUGCAAGAUGGAAUGUUUAACAGACUUUUACGAGCCUCACAGACAAUCGGUGAAAGGCCCUCGAACCGUAGUUUUGCAAAUGGUGGAGAAUAG